ACCAAAGGGAAGUCUGAAACACACUACAGAGGUUCUAACCAAAAGGAGAGAAGCUUGACGUUCAAAUCGAUUCUUAGGGUUUUUCUAACUCUUCUUCUCUUCCCAGCUCUUUCCAACCCAAUGAUUACAGGCGGUAAAAGAUUCGUUUCUUCUCCCCCAGCAUUCUCUAAUGAUGCCAAAAAGCUGCUCGUAUGUACGGGCAAUACUGUCUCCGUGUACAGCACCUCCACAGGCUUGCUGAUGACGGAAUUAGAGGGUCAUAAAACGCUUGUAACUUCUGUUAUAGUCCUACCAGCUUCCACUCCUGCGACUAAGAUUCUGUGUUACUGUUGGACCUCUUCACUUGACGGAACCAUCUGUUAUUGGGAUUUUUCGCUGCCCGAAUUGAUGAAGAAGGUUGAUAUUCGUCUUCCCAUUUUUUCAAUGGUAAUUCCAAAUGUAUCAGGCCCACCAAUUGGGGACAAUGGGAAACCAGUUGAUAUUUUUGCUUAUAUUUCGGUGGAAGAUAUAACGAAGCCAGACGAUGAAGCUAAAGCUUUGUGUGGACAAAUCAGGAAGUGUAACUUGUCUAAGUCUCGCUUACUUGGUGGUGUAACUUUGGCAGAGACUCAAAAACCAGAGGUUAUAAUUAUCAGUCCCUCCAGGGAUUUCUUUGGCAUUGUAAGCAAGCGCAAGCUUAUUUUGUGGAAAGUCCCUGACAAAGAGACUGAAAAUGAUAUUGUCAAGAAGAUGGUAUUGCAUCACACAAAGAACUUUACAGUUCUUGCUUUUCAUCCUACUCAAAAUAUCAUAGCUGCGGGUGAUGUAACUGGGAGGAUUUUGAUUUGGAGGGAUUUUGGGAAGAGAACUUUCUCUAGAAGUGUAGGACCUCUGAAUGGAAGAACAGUGGAGAAUCAGGAAGAAAGGCCUGGGGUGAGGGGAGAUGAUGAUGCUGAGUCCUGCUCAACCUGGCACUGGCACCCAGCUAAAGUGAUGGUUCUCUCUUUCUCAUGUGAUGGAGCUUAUUUGUACUCAGGUGGAAAGGAAGGUGUUCUUGUGGUUUGGCAGCUGGACACAGGAAAGAAGAAGUUUCUACCACGCAUUGGAUCCCCACUUUUGUUUUUUACACAUUCCCCAGAUCCUUCACUUUUCUCUAUUUCAUGUGCAGAUAAUCAAAUUCACCUGCUCAAAAUGCCUUCCAUGAAAAUCUUAAAUUCCAUUGCUGGAAUUAAGCCCCAUUGUUCAGUUCCAGAGAUAUAUCAAGGCUUAUAUGGUGGGUCUAUCUUUGAUCAAACUGCUGGAUUAGUUGCUAUACAGACAGAGGACUAUUGCAUACAAGUCUACAGCUUAUUUGAUGACCGAGAGGUUUCACAGGUCCGAAUCUGUGAAAGGAACCAUCAACCAGAUGAUGACAUCACGCUAGUCGUGACGUUAUUGGCUCUUUCGGUAGAUGGCUCUAAGAUGGGUACUGUUGAAGUUAAGCUUCCUGAAGAGGGAAUAGGUGGUCUUGUUUGUCUCAAAUUUUGGGCUUCUGGGUCAAAGAGUGGAGAUUUCACCUUGUCCACUGUCAUUUAUGAACCUCACAGUGAUGCUGGGAUUUCUGCUCUUGCGUUCAACCCUACUCGUCAUAUGGCUGUGAGCUCCUCUUAUGGUGGUGACUUCAAGAUUUGGGUUUGCAACAAUGACCUUCAGCAAAAGGAUCAAAUGCUUCAGAAAUUUGGAUGGAGAUGCCAUUCUGUUGGUUCAUAUAAGAAAAAACCCAUGACAGCUGCUGCAUUUUCUGCUGAUGGGUCUGUUCUCGCUGUAGCUGCAGGAACUGUUGUUACAUUAUGGGACCCGGAUAGAAAUGUCCUUGUUGCAGUUAUUGGAGAGAGCCUCAUGCCAAUUGUUUCACUAUCUUUUGUUGGCAACUCUGAGUAUUUUGUAUCAAUAUCACGAGGUUCAGAGCCGCAGUUAUCUGUUUGGAGUAUGUCAAAGCUAUCUGUGUCCUGGUCCUAUAAGCUCCAUGUAGAAGCUGUAGCUUGUAUGACAGAUGCUUCAUCAUUUGCUGUUCUUGCUCUUCUUCCCAAAUCAUCUAAAAGAUUGGCAUCUGAUGAGAACAGACAGACAGGAAAAGAUGGGGUACUUUUACUAUUCAAUGUGGAAAAUCCAAUACCUCUAUCCACCUGGUCUGUAAAUAAGGCGAAGGCAGGAGGACUGGCCUUUCUUCAGGUGGAUCCAUCUCUCCAUGACAAGAAGAUUUCCGAACAAAAGGAAUCUCAAGCAUUGCUUGCUUAUAUCAAUGGCGACCAUGAGUAUAUUGUCUUUGAUCCAUACAAUGGAGAGGACCAUAAGACACAAAAGAAUCACCCGGAGAAUUUCGUUCCUCAGGAAGAAACAGGACAUUUUGGUUAUGCAUCUAUUUAUGGGGAACUACGAGAACUUGACAUCAGGAGAGAUCAGACUCCAGAGGUCUCUUAUGCACCAUCAGAAAAGCCUUGGGAGACUAUAUUUAGUGGGUCAUCACAUAUUCUUCCACCACUUACCAAAUUGUGUUCAACGUUCUUGGAAUCCUUGUUGGAGAAGAGACCGGUUAUUCAAGAGUGAUUCACUGUUUAAAAUGGUUUGAAAGAACCAAGUGGCUCAGAGGAUUUAGCUACAGAUAUUUAAAGAGUCCCUCCUGCCAUUUUUUUGAAGUCACGCGCCAUCAGAAGCAAAGAACAGGAACAUGUUUAUGAUGGACAGAGAAGGUGGCUAAGCUGAUAAUGUUAGAUACUGUGAAAAUGCUGAUGCAUGCUUUGGAAAAUGGCAGGUGAGUGCAAAAUUGUUCAAUAUAAAAAUGAAGAUUACAUCUGUGUGGCUUUCAUAUUGUAUGAGGAACAAAAGGGAUACUCAGGAGGUUCUUCGUGAAUCCAUGGAUGCAGUGAUUAUAAAGUACUCGCAU